AUGUCAGGGAUACGACUGGCUGGUGGGGCUGGCCGGAGACGCAUCGACUGCGAGGCGCAAGAUGCUACACGUACUGAGGUGUUCGUCUCGAUGGGCAUGAGUCAGAAGCAAGUGCAGACGGAGCUCGGGCUCAAACUCAUCAAGAAGAAGAUGGAGGAGCUGGUCCCAGGGAAGCGCUUCUACGUCGACCGCCAACGUGCGGAAUUCACUCUCUCCUGGAAGGCCCAUCUCAAGUUCGCGGAAACGGGCUUCGACGAGCCCCCGGCCCUCGAGCGGGCCACGUCGAACGCGGCGGCGCUGGACAUCGACGGGCGCGUGUGUGAGGGCCCUGUCAAGGCUAUCCUUGCAGCGAAGGCUCCCACGCAGUGGAGUCUCUAA